GGGGCCCGAGGGAGCAGCCGCGCGGGGGUCUGAAAUGUGCUUGUACCUUCUGGAUCAGGGGCCUAAACGGGCUUCUCCGCGGGGCGUCACGUUUCCAUGGGGCCCAAAGGCCCGAUGAUGGCGGUACCCCAUAUGUCUGAAAACACCAGCUUCUCACCAUGAGCCUCGACCUGCACUACGAGCAGCUGAGCGACAGCCGGUGGACAGAGCUCCUGCCUCUGCUGCAGCAGUCCCAGGUGGUCAGGCUGGUCGACUGUGGCAUCACGGAGGGGCGCUGCAAGGACAUGAGCUCUGCGCUCCGGGACAACACCGCCCUGACCGAGCUCAGCCUCUGCUCCAACGAGCUGGGCGAUGCCGGCACGCACCUGGUGCUCCAGGGCCUGCAGCCCACCUGCAGGAUCCAGAAGCUCAGCCUCCAGAACUGCUGCCUGUCGGAGGCCGGCUGCGGGGCCCUGUCCAGCGUGCUGCGCUCCCUGCCCUCCCUGCGCGAGCUGGACCUCAGUUACAACCAGCUGGGGGACGCAGGCCUGCGGCUCCUCUGCGAGGGGCUCCUGGACCCCCAGUGCCAUGUCGAGAGGCUGCAGCUGGAGUACAGCAACCUGACGGCCGCCAGCUGCGAGCCCCUGGCUGCUGUGCUCAGGACCAAGCAGGAGCUGAAGGAGCUGGUGGUGAACAACAACGACAUCGGCGAGGCUGGUGCCCGGACCUUGUGCCAGGGCCUGGCUGACUCUGUCUGCCCACUGGAGUCACUCAAGCUGGAGAGCUGUGGCCUCACCUCGGCCAACUGUCAGGACCUGUCUGGCAUCGUGGGCGCCAAGGCCUCGCUGCGUGUCCUGGAGCUGGGCAACAACAGACUGGGCGACGUGGGCGUCGCAGAACUCUGCUCCGGGCUGCUGAGCCCCAGCUCCCGGCUCAGGACCCUGUGGCUCUGGGAGUGUGACAUCACGGCCAGUGGCUGCAGGGACCUCUGCCGGGUCCUCAGAGCCAAGGAGAGCCUGAAGGAGCUCAGUGUGGCUGGCAACGCAGUGGGGGACGAGGGCGCCCGGCUGCUGUGUGAGAGCCUGCUGGGGCCCGGCUGCCGGCUGGAGUCCCUGUGGGUCAAGUCCUGCAGCCUCACGGCCGCGUGCUGCCCGCACGUCAGCGCGAUGCUGGCCCAGAACAGGACACUGCAGGAGCUGCAGCUGAGCAACAACAAACUGGGUGAUGCCGGCGUGGAGCAGCUGUGCCAGGGCCUGCGCCAGCCCGGCGCCGCCAUGCGGGCGCUCUGGCUGGGGGACUGCGAGGUGACCGACGAGGGCUGCAGCAGCCUGGCCUCACUGCUGCUGGCCAACCGCAGCCUACGCGAGCUGGACCUCAGCAACAACUGCAUGAGCGAGCUGGGCGUCCUCAAGCUGGCGGAGAGCGCCCAGCAGCCCAGCUGCUCCCUGGAGAAGCUAGUCCUGUUCGACAUCUACUGGACGGAGGAAACGGAAGACCACCUGCGGGCCCUGGAGGAGAAGAAGCCCAGCCUGAAGAUCAUCUCCUGAGCCUCCGCCGCCCCCCAGCUCCUGAAACUGCGGGGCCACCCGUCUGGCAUGGGGCUGGCCAACUCGCUGGGGCUCUUGCUCCUGGUGCCUUAGCAUUCACUGAAGCGAAAUACUCAAAUAACUUCGGUGAGAACAUUCUGGACACUUUAUAAUUAUUAAAACACUUUUUAGAUAGAGGGUCUCUGUCCUUCCUUGUGGGGUCCCCGAGAGGUCCCCAUAUCGCAAAUGUGAUGCUUUUUUGAACACGAUCUUGCUGCCCGAGACC